AUGAACGGUCCAAUUCAGAAUCUCUCUGCCACAGUUCCCGCAUGCGACACUGUCCUCGCCAGCGUGACAGCCUACAACCAUUCCAGCGCCGAAUCAUGGAACUCGGAAAUCAUCUCCUCCACCCUCACCUCCCUCCUUGCCGCCACGACCCCGGCGGACGGGGCCCAACCUCCAUAUAAAUACAGCAUCACCAGCACCAUAAUCCAGCAUCUCCCCCAACCGUCGACUACCUCUUCCCCAACCCAAUCCACUCCCAGAAGAGGCAUGCACGCCGCAGCGGGUGCAUACUGGGAUAACACGCGGGAUGGGAUGUGGAGUUACAAGUAUGAGGCGGCGCAGGGGAAAGGGUUGGAUGUCGUGGUGGCGGUUAUUUGGAUAUGGGUGGGUUAUGGCACCGGUAGUGCUGGUGCUGGUGAAGAGGGGAAAUAA